UAUACUCGAUAGUCCCAUCGAUGGUUCUCCACCCACAAUUCCCUUAAUUUCAAUUGUGAUAAAAAAAAUUGUUUUUGUUUAUUUGUUGAACAUAAAUAAUAAUUUUAAGUAAGUGCGAUGGCCGACGAUGGUGAAAACUCAGUGGACCGCCCAACAGAUGCCGACGGCAGCAAGCCGGAAAAAAUGUUCACGCUAAAGAAAUGGAAUGCUGUGGCUAUGUGGAGCUGGGAUGUCGAAUGCGAUAUUUGUGCCAUAUGCCGUGUUCAAGUUAUGGAUUCUUGUUUACGCUGCCAAGCGGAUAAUAAACGUGAUGUGUUGAGUCGUAUGGAUUGCGUUGUGGUAUGGGGUGAAUGUAAUCACUCCUUUCAUCAAUGCUGCAUGUCGCUGUGGGUAAAACAGAACAACAGAUGUCCUCUGUGUCAGCAGGAAUGGUCUGUUCAACGCAUGGGAAAGUGAUUAAAUCUCAAGUUUUUAAUUUAAAUAGUUCUUUUUUGUACUUGCUUAUCAUAAGUUUACCAAUGUAUCCGAAAUGUAUUUCUGUAAUUGUAAAAAUAAUUUAUAUUCAA